AUGUCUGCUGAACAUUUCAUUUUUCUUCCCUACCUCUCUUUCAAUAUCAUUUCAGUUUUCAAUUACCUCUCUUUCAAUAGCAUUUCAUUUUUCUUCCCUACCUCUCUUUCAAUAUCAUUUCAGUUUUCAAUUACCUCUCUUUCAAUAGCAUUUCAUUUUUCUCCCCUACCUCCCUUUCAAUAUCAUUUCGUUUUCAAUUACCUCUCUUUCAAUAGCUUUUCAAUUACCUCUCUUUCAAUAGCGUUUCAUUUUUUUUCUUACCUCCCUUUCAAUAUCAUCUUUCAGUUUUCAAUUACCUCUCUUUCAAUAGCAUUUCAUUUUCUUCCCUACCUCUCUUUCAAUAUCAUUUCAGUUUUCAAUUACCUCUCUUUCAAUAGCAUUUCAUUUUUUCUUCCCUACCUCUCUUUCAAUAUCAUUUCACGUUUCAUUUUCUUCCCUACCUCCCCUUUCAAUAUCAUUUCAGUUUUCAAUUACCUCUCUUUCAAUAGCAUUUUUUUUCUUCCCUACCUCUCUUUCAAUAUCAUUUCAGUUUUCAAUUACCUUCUUUUCAAUAAUUUACCUCUCUUUCAAAUAGCAUUUCAAUUUUCAUUUUUUUCCCUACCUCCCUCUCAUUUCCAUUUCAUUUUUCUUUUACCUCUCUUUCAAUAUCAUUUCAGUUUUUUAAUUACCUCUCUUUCAAUAGCAUUUCAUUUUUUUCCCUACGUUUCAUUUUUUUUCCCUACCUCUCUUUCAAUAGCGUUUCAUUUUUUUUCCUCCCUUUCUCUUUCAAUUAGUCUCUUUCAUUUUUCUCCCUACCUCUCUUUCAAUAUCAUUUCGGUUUUCUUUCUUUCAAUAGCGUUUCAUUUUCUUCCCUACUCUCUUUCAAUAUCAUUUCGGUUUUCAAUUACCUCUCUUUCAAUAGCGUUUCAUUUUUCUUCCCUACCUCUCUUUCAAUAUAAUUUCAUUUUCAAUUACCUCUCUUUCAAUAGUGUUUCAUUUUUCUCCCCUACCUCCCUUUCAAUAUCAUUUUGGUUUUCAAUUACCUCUCUUUCAAUAGCAUUUCAUUUUUCUUCCCUACCUCUCUUUCAAUAUCAUUUCAUUUUCAAUUACCUCUCUUUCAAUAGUGUUUCAUUUUUCUCCCCUACCUCCCUUUCAAUAUCAUUUCGGUUUUCAAUUACCUCCCUUUCAAUAGCGUUUCAUUUUUUUCCCUACCUCUCUUUCAAUAUCAUUUCAGUUUUCAAUUACCUCUCUUUCAAUAUCAUUUCAUUUUUCCCCUACCUCUCUUUCAAUAUCAUUUCAUUUUUCUUCCCCUCCUCUCUUUCAAAAUUAGUUCAUUUCAAUUACCUCUCUUUCAACUUUCACUUAACUCUUUUUCAAUAUAAUUUCAUUUUUCCCUUACCUCUCUUUCAAUGUCAUUACAAUUUUCAAUUACCUCUCUUUCCAUAUCAUUUAAUUUUUCCAUUACCUCUCUUUCUGUGUCACUUUUUGCUCUUUCAGUAUCAUUUCUUUUUUUUUCUAUUUCAUUCCUUUCUUUCUCUUCCUCCUCCUCCUCUCCCUGCUCCCUGUCUUCUUCUCCUUUAUCACCUUCCUCCUUCAAAACAUCUACUGUUUUUUCACCUCUUCUUAAUUCUAAAUAUAUUUCUACAUACCCUCUCCCUCUCUCCUUACACAUUCCUUUCUUUCUCUUCCUCCUCCUCCUCUCCCUGCUCCCUGUCUUCUCCUCCUUUAUCACCUUCCUCCUUCAAAACAUCUACUGUUUUAUCACCUCUUCUUAAUUCUAAAUAUAUUUCUACAUACCUUCUCCUCUCUCCUUACACAUUCCUUUCUUUCUCUUCCUCCUCCUCCUCUCCCUGCUCCCUGUCUUCUCCUCCUUUAUCACCUUCCUCCUUCAAAACAUCUACUGUUUUUUCACCUCUUCUUAAUUCUAAAUAUAUUUCUACAUACCUUCUCCCUCUCUCCUUACACAUUCCUUUCUUUCUCUUCCUCCUCCUCCUCUCCCUGCUCCCUGUCUUCUCCUCCUUUAUCACCUUCCUCCUUCAAAACAUCUACUUCCUUUCUUUCUCUUCCUCCUCCUCCUCUCCCUGCUCCCUGUCUUCUCCUCCUUCAAAACAUCUACUGUUUUUUCACCUCUUCUUAAUUCUAAAUAUAUUUCUACAUACCUUCUCCUCUCUCCUUACACAGUCCUUUUUCUUUUCCUCCUCCUCUUCCCUCCUCCUCCUCUCCCUGCUCCCUAAGUAUAUUUCUUCUCUCUCCUUUACACAUUCCUUUCUUUUCUUCCUCCUCCUCCCUCUCCCUGCUCCCUGUCUUCUCCUCUCCUUCAAAACAUCUACUGUUUUAUCACCUCUUCUUAAUUCUAAAUAUAUUUCUACAUACCUUCUCCCUCUCUCCUUACACAGUCCUUUCUUUCUCAUCCUCCUCCUCCUCUCCCUGCUCCCUUCCUUUCUUUCUCUUCUUCCUCCUCCUCUCCCUGCUCCCUGUCUUCUCCUCCUUUAUCACCUUCCUCCUUCAAAACAUCUACUGUUUUUUCACCUCUUCUUAAUUCUAAAUAUAUUUCUACAUACCCUCUCCCUCUCUCCUUACACAUUCCUUUCUUUCUCUUCCUCCUCCUCCUCUCCCCUGCUCCCUGUCUUCUCCUCCUUUAUCACCUUCCUCCUUCAAAACAUCUACUGUUUUUUUCACCUCUUCUUAAUUCUAAAUAUAUUUCUACAUACCUUCUCCCUCUCUCCUUACAUUCCUUUCUUUCUCAUCCUCCUCCUCCUCUCCCUGCUCCCCUGUCUUCUCCUCGUUUAUCACCUUCCUCCUUCAAAACAUCUACUGUUUUUUCACCUCUUCUUAAUUCUAAAUAUAUUUUCUACCUUCUCUCCUCUCUCCUUACACAUUCCUUUCUUUCUCUUCCUCCUCCUCCUCUCCCUGCUCCCUGUCUUCUCCUCCUUUAUCCUUCCUCCUUCAAAACAUCUACUGUUUUAUCACCUCUUCUUAAUUCUAAAUAUAUUUCUACAUACCUUCUCCCUCUCUCCUUACACAGUCCUUUCUUUCUUUCUUCCUCCUCCUCCCUCCCUGCUCCCUGUCUUCUCCUCCUUUAUCACCUUCCUCCUUCAAAACAUCUACUGUUUUUUUUCACCUCUUCUUAAUUCUAAAUAUAUUUCUACAUACCCUCUCCCUCUCUCCUUACACACAUUCCUUUCUUUCUCUUCCUCCUCCUCCUCUCCCUGCUCCCUGUCUUCUCCUCCUUUAUCACCUUCCUCCUUCAAAACAUCUACUGUUUUAUCACCUCUUCUUAAUUCUAAAUAUAUUUCUACAUACCUUCUCCCUCUCUCCUUACACAUUCCUUUCUUUCUCUUCCUCCUCCUCCUCUCCCUGCUCCCUGUCUUCUCCUCCUUUAUCACCUUCCUCCUUCAAAACAUCUACUUCCUUUCUUUCUCUUCCUCCUCCUCCUCUCCCUGCUCCCUGUCUUCUCCUCCUUUAUCUCCUUCCUCCUUCAAAACAUCUACUGCUUCUUCCCCUCUUCUAAAUAUAUUUCUACUUUCUCUCUUUCUGUCUUCAAAUUACCUACUGUUACUUCUCCUCUUCUUAAUACUAAGUAAUUCUUAUCCUCCUCAUUUUUCCUCUCCCUCAUUCCCUUCAUUUCUUCUUCUUUCUCUGACUCUUUUUCGUCCAUUGUUUUAUUUUUCUCCCCUUCCUCCUACUUAA